UACCCACCGCUCAGCCAAUCAGCGGGCCGGAUUCUGCUCGCACCUGCGCCGUGAGGGCAUCCAAGAUGGUUGACCGGGAGAAGACGGAGCUGUACCGGCAGGCUGUCCGCAUCGUUUUCUUGUGUUCCGUGUGGUUUACGAUCAGCUCCGGUGGUAAUGUGAUCAAUAAGCUGCUCCUGAAUGAGUUCCCGUACCCGAUCACGGUGUCCAUGAUGCACGUGCUGUCCGUGUGCCUGUAUCUCGGACCCAUCAUGCGGAUGUGGCGGGUCCCCCUACACAAGCCGGUUGCGUCAAGCUACUACAUGAAGAUGAUCGUUCCGCUUGCAGUGGGCAAGUUCUGGGCUUCCGUGUCCGCUCACGUCAGUAUAUGGAAGGUGCCGGUGUCAUACGCGCACACAGUGAAAGCUACCAUGCCCAUAUUUACAGUCAUUCUAGCCAGACUAAUAACGAAAGAAAAGCAAACAACUAAGGUCUAUUUUUCACUGAUGCCCAUUGUUCUGGGUGUGCUGGUUGCCACGGUAACAGAGCUGUCCUUUGACCUGAUUGGUCUACUUAGUGCCCUAUCGGCGACAAUCACAUUUGCUCUACAAAACAUUUUCUCCAAAAAGGCACUAAAGGAGACAGGGAUGCACCAUUUGAGGCUUCUACAUGUGCUGGGAAAACUGGCUACACUCUUUCUGCUUCCCAUCUGGAUCCUUAUGGAUGGCAGCAGGUUCCUCACAGAAGAAAGUUUGUCCGACAAAGAACAGUGGUUCUGGGUUCGAAUCCUAGGGCUGCUCGUCACCAGCGGCUUCUGCAACUUUGCGCAGAAUAUCGUGGCGUUCACGGUCAUCUCCAUUGUCAGCCCGCUUAGCUACUCGGUCGCGAACGCAACCAAGCGGAUCCUGGUUAUCACAGUCUCCCUGAUCACGCUGAAAAACCCCGUCACCUCGACCAACGUGUUGGGGAUGUUAGUGGCCAUUAUAGGAGUCCUCGCAUACAACAAGGCAAAAUACGACCAAAGACAGGAGGAGAAGAAGACGACGUUGCUGCCAACGAUUCACAAGAACACCUUGGUGCACAACCACUUCCAGCUCGAGUCCCAACCGAACGGCCCCACUUCCGCUUCCGGUUACAACCCGGCCUACCUGAACAACCUGCCCAACUUCAGCAGCAGCAGUGGCUUCACCGGAAACAGAAGUACCCCGGGAACGACGAGCACAUCCGGUUAUGUCGGCAGCCCCUCUGUGAUGAGUCAGACAAGAACGUACAUGGAUGUCUAGCAGGGUCUGUGGCCAGGGUUGGGGAAAUCUCCAGGCAGAUAUUGAGAUAAAGAAAGGCAAAAUUGUAACAUUUCUUGAUCUUUCUUCAGCUCCCAGUUCCUCAGAGCAACUGGUAUUUUGCUGCACGGAAUAUGAAUCUUGAGAAAUGUUACCAUGUUGCCUAUCAACAUCUGCUUAGAGAUUAGGGUUGAGGUACAAUUGUUAACAGUAACGUGGUCAAUGAGGCAAAGUAUGUUGCUAAGAUAGGAAGUCGUCACUGUGAAAAUUCUAUAACCUUUCAGAAUUGCUUUUAUUUCAUUUUCAACAUUGCUUUGAUUUUACUUACCUCAUAUGAAAGGAGUAACACUUCUGAAGAAAAGCUAAUGAUUUUUUUGUGAAAGUCUGUCGCAAAGUUGCGUCUUUUAUUUAUUUUCACUGAUGUGUAGUUGUUAAAAUGUUUUCCUUUUAACCUUUAUGUUUUUAAGUCUUUGCUGCAUGUGUCGUGUGGUAUGUAUGAGGAGGUUGAAGAAGAAGACAAGGAAUAAUGUACAUAAUCUUGGAUACCACUCAAGGAGAUAACCAUUCAAUAAGUGCAAACGUACGGAACUACAGUUCGCGUCCGCUGAAGGGUUUGGACGACACUGCAAUAUGCGCAACGAUCUUCGCAAACCUCUGUCCCAAUAAACGCAAUACUAAAUAAACGUACGCGGCAACGCCAUAAUCUCUACGCCAUGGGGAACCUAUUUUCGCCAUGGUAAUACCACAGCUUUAGGCUCCACCCUGAGGCGUUGUCAAAAAAUUCAAGCACAUAACGUUGUCUGUUCGAACAACCAGUAUAGAAGUUAGCGAUUCACUUGACGCGUGGCAGGAAAAUAGGAAAUAUUUGAAUUUUGUGGAGUAAUGUCCUAUGUUUUGAAUUACGUGUUAAACGUUUAAGGAAAAUGACUGUGGAAGUCCACAAAAUCUGAAAUAUUGAAAGAAUUUCUCAUCACUUGUAUAGAAAGAGACCCAUCCAAAGGGGUCGGAUUUAUUUUUGUGUUUGUAUGAUAGCAUGGUUCUUGUGGCAUAGUAAAGAUAGAAUUCUGUCUUCACUUGAAGUUGCGAAACAAGGGGCCUUCCUUCUAAACAGGAAAGACUACUCCACAUAUCAUUGAAGAAAUGGUAAAAAUUAAGCUGUAUAGACUUGUAUAAAGUACAAUGAAAUCUACAUUUUACUGGAGUCGUCAGAAUUCUUUGGUGUAUGUAAAAAUAGAUGACGAUAUGUUGUGUAUAAUACAAAUGUUCACUGCACGUCAGCAUCUUAUGCUUUAAUUAUGAGUAUUUUCCCCGUCUUUUUAUUCCACGUAAGCUGCUAGUUUUGUUUUUACCUUUAGCGUCCGUGUGUAUGAAAUAUUUGUCAAAAUCUGGAUUUGUUAUAAACGUUAAUUUGUGGCGUUUUGAUUAGUCAAAGCAAUACUGAACACCAUGUUGAACAACUUAUUUCAUCGAAAUAUUGUCGCACCAUGAAACACGUAACAAGAAACAGAAUACAGCUCAUAUGUGUGUAGUAGUCAUAUUUGUUAACGCGCGAAAACAGUAAAAUUACAGCAAUGAUUUCAGCCACUGUCACAGAUCCAGGGCUUUCCCACGACCAACCCCCGACUAUUUCCCAACCAAGAUCUGCACUGAGUCGGGAGCACCUGUUCCCUUCGACUAGAAGAAGCAGAAUAUGACUUCACCAACUUUGAUUUUUCGAAACGUAUGGUGCAGACGACAUUUAAAGAUUAAAAGUUAACCUCGCCGACCAACUCCCAAUCACAGAAGACCUCUCGUACGUCUGACUCCCAACCGUAGUCUGGAGAAGGUCGGGAGACCAUGGUCGGCUAUGUGUGACAGGAUUUUAAUAGUCAAAUGUCUCAAUUUUGCCACAGAAUAUUUUUUUCUGUAGUUAUUCUACAACUCAGAAGUAACUAACAAUCGAAAUCCAUUGUUGUCGGUUUUUUUAAUCAUGUCCACCAUUGCAAUUUUUGUGCUGCGUUGCUUUUCCUUGUUUCUGAUUUUAACAGCUGCUCGGAUUUAUUUCUUAGAAAAAAUGAUAAGAAUGCUGAGAAA